AAUUUCGCGGUCACGCUGGCGACGACUUUGUUUUGUGCAAAAAAAAGCAUGUUUGAAUAAAAGCGCUGGAAUACCCAAAUUGGCAAUGACGCAAGAGAGCACCGUGUUCGAGGAACUUAAGAAGCACUUUGGGCACACCAAGUUCAAGUCGGAGCUCCAGGAGAAAGCCAUAAGAUGUGCCGUGAAAAAAAAGCAGGAUGUGUAUGUAUCGAUGCCCACGGGUUCGGGCAAGUCACUGUGCUUCCAGCUGCCCGGACUCAUGUGCGAGAGCCAGCUAACGAUUGUUUUUUCGCCCUUAUUGGCCCUAAUUAAGGAUCAGAUCGAUCACCUGACAAAGCUGAAAGUGCCCGCCGAUUCGCUCAACUCCAAGAUGACACUCAAGGAGAGGGACAGAGUUAUCAUGGAUCUUCGUGCAGUCAAGACCAACCUCAAGUUCCUCUAUAUCACACCCGAACAGGCGGCUACAAAGUUUUUUCAGGAGCUGCUGCAAACUCUCCACAAGCACAAUAAGCUGGGUUACUUUGCCGUGGACGAGGCACACUGUGUUAGCCAGUGGGGCCACGACUUCCGACCCGACUACCUCAAGCUGGGGGAGCUGCGGUCCAAGUACCCGGACAUCGUCUGGCUGGCCCUCACGGCCACCGCCUCCAGGGAGGUACGCGACGACAUCUAUAAGCAGCUGCGACUUCACCAGCCCGUGGCCCAAUUCAGCACUCCCAGCUUCCGGAAGAAUCUCUUCUAUGACAUUGUCUAUAAAAACUCCAUCGAGGACGACUUCCAGCACCUUGCCGACUUUGCCCAGCACUGUCUGGGCGACGUCAAGGAGUUUAAAGCUAUGGCCAAGCCACAGCGUGGGUGCGGCAUCAUCUACUGUCGCACCCGAGAUCAGGUAGAGCGUGUGGCUGUGGGUGUAUCCAAGCAAGGCAUCGGCGCCGUGGCUUAUCACGCAGGCCUGAAGACCGCAGAGCGUACGUCCGUGCAGGAGGCUUGGAUGCGGGGCGACCAGCCCAUCAUCUGCGCCACCAACAGUUUUGGCAUGGGCGUGGACAAGGCCAGUGUUCGUUUCGUUAUCCACUGGGAUGUACCGCAGAAUGUGGCCGCCUACUACCAGGAGUCGGGCCGAGCUGGACGCGAUGGCAUGCAGUCCUACUGCCGGCUCUACUACGGCCGGGAGGAUGUGCGCAGCAUUCGAUUUCUUCUCCAGAACGAUGUGCAUCGAGCGCGUGGUCGAGGCGACAAGGAACUGCUCACGGAAAGGGCGCUGAAACAGUUCGAGAAGAUCUCGGAUUUUUGCGAGAAUACUGGCUGCAGGCACAAACUGUUUGCGGAUUUCUUUGGGGAUCCUGCGCCGCAAUGCAACGGACAGUGCGAUGUCUGCAAGCGGCCCAAGAACGCGGAGAAGGCCCUGGAGAUGUUCCACCGCCUGUGCAUGGAUGACGCCUUCAAGUCGCACAUUUCUCUGCAGGACUGUGCAGAUCUAUAUGAAGGGGGUCGAGCGGGUGUUAAGCGUGCAGCCAAGGACUAUGCCGCCGGUGAGUCUGGCUCCGAUGACGAUUCCGGCCAGAGCCACUCGUCGAUGGCCAAGCGGGCCAAGAAGGAAGCAGCGGACUUCAUACAGCAGCAGUUUAAGCUGCGAAAACAAAUCAGCGCUGCCCGCCAGCUGGAACAGGAAAAGUGUGCACAAAUUGCUCGGGUGCAUCACGCCGAGGCCACGGAGAAGAAGAUCUCUGGCCUCCAGCACACCCAAAGAGAAAAGUAUCUCACGGCCAUCAUCGAUGCCCUCAAGGCGAAUGUGGAGAAGUGCCAGGAGGACGAGGAACAGCAGCCCCGGAGCGCCCUCCGGUACAACGACUAUGAGGCCUUAGCUGUCGAGAUGGAGUAUGAGGUGUUCCGGCAGCAGAAAGUGGCGAACAUGUAUCGUCAUGCCUUGGUUAAGCAGAUUUCCGUCAUUAAGCAGCUGACUGGGAAGACCAAACUGAUGCCCCUGCUGGCUGACUACGUGCCCAAGCCUCAGACUACCGCGAAAGGUGCCUGGACGGGCGGCAGUGUGGCCUACUUCGAACGAAAACUGAAAGAAUUGGAGGAGCAAAAGCCGCUGAGCCUCCAGGAAACACCCAAAGCUCUGAAGGAGAGGAAAGGCUUCAAACAGGAGAACAGUACGCAGACCUCCAUUGCCAGCUACUUCAAGAAGGUGAAAGAAGAGGUAAAAGAAGAAACACUGAUGGAAGGUGCAGAGGAUACACCGCAGGAGCCUUUGGCUGUGAAACAUGAACCAGGAACGGAGGAAGAAACGGAGAAGAGUUGUGACAAAAGUUCAGAGGAAACAAUAGCUCAAGAGAGCCCCAAGUAUAGGGCCGAAGUAAAAAGCAUCGUUGGCGAUGCCAAUGGCGAUGGCACCUUCGCUACCCAUCGCAGAAAACGAGUCUCCCAUGAGCUGACCAAAGAGAAAAAGCCUCCCAAACCCGCUCCCCCCUCUCUGCCACUGUUUGCUUCGAAGGAGGAAAGGGAACAAGCUCUGACCGCCUUCAAGACAGCUCGCCAAGCUCUCGAAGACAAGCUGGAAAAAUUGGAAAGAAAAACAGAUAUCCUUGGAUUUAUUGAAGCCAAACAAACGGUGGACAGCGCCCAUCUAAAAGAAGCCACUUCUGAGCUACUGAGACCAGUGAUGGAGAAGCAAAGGCGAAAAGACAAGAUUGCAUCUCAAACAGAAAUAAAAUUGGAAAAUAAUUGCACAAGAGAAAGCAGAGAAAUUAAUAAAGAUCCAACGGUUGUGGAAAAAAAGUCAAAAGAAGCUACAUUUCAAGGAGGAGGGCCAAAGGAGAUAAUCUCCGAGAAAAGAGACCAAGAGGAGCCGAGACACCCAAAUAGAAAAGACCAGAAAACGCCAGUUAUGCAGCAAAAGAACGAUGUAAGCAAGAAUGUGGUACACUGGCUAAAUCCCUACUACAAGCGAAAAAUAGCCAACAAGGAGCUCUUCAAGGCCCUGGCCAAACUAAUCACUAGCCGCAUCUGCGACGGUAGUCUAGGCGAUGGAGAUGCUGGCAAAUGCUACAUCAAGGAGACCUUUCAUGGCCUGCAGAUGAUUAAAAACGAUCAGGACAUUGAGCAAUUUUUCAACCAGUCAAAAUAAUUUCCUAUUUUGGGAACCAAAUUAAGGGUUCGCAUCGGAAACAUUGCCGCGAUUCAAUCUUGUUAAGAAUCAUAGUUCAAAACUCGUUUUUUUGUCGUUAAUUUGUUUGAUAAUUAAUAUUUGUAUAUCAUAAUUGGUUUGGACGAGUUUUUUGUAAUUUCCGAUUCAAGAAAGCCAUGCGCAGAUCUGUAUUAUCCUGCCUGCAA